AUGGUGUCUUUGACGGUAGUAGGCCUGAAUUCGGGCACAAGUAUUGAUGCAACAGCCUCUCUACGCUCCCGUAUACUAGGUGUCGUCCGCCCUGGUGCAGCUACAACUCUGGAAGAUGUAUGCGAUCUCAAUUUUGCUCUUGGGGAAGAAUUUGCAUCAGCAGUGAAUAAGUCAGGCAUUGACCUAAGCAAAGUUGAUCUCAUUGCGAGCCAUGGCCAGACCUUAUGGCACAUCCCAUUUGGAGAGCGGCUUUCCACCCUGCAGAUGGGCGAGCCUGCCGUGAUAUCAAAGAGCACAAAUAACAACGAAAGAAUGGCACUGAUCGUUGGUGCUAGAACGGUCAUAUCUAGCUUUCGGACGGCAGAACUUGCUGUGGGGAGGCAGGGUGCACCUCUCUCGGGGUUCUUUGAAGCUGCGAUCCUCGCGCACCCCUCUCAAACCCGAAUCAGCCAGAAUAUUGGUGGAAUUGGAAAUGCAACUGUUGUCCCGUCUAGUAGAGUACCGGAAUCCGGUUACUUUGCCUUUGAUACUGGACCAGGAAAUGUACUAAUAGAUGCCACCGUGCGUUACAUAUCUAAAGGAGAGGCGCACUAUGACAAAGAUGGGGAGAUGGGGGCUAGAGGGGAAAGCGAAAUAGACAAGGAAGCUGUAGAGGAUUUCUUGAAACGAGACUACUUUGAGAGGAAGCCACCCAAGACAACGGGACGGGAGAUGUUCAGUGAUACCUUGGCUAAGGAGAUCAUAGACGAGAUGCGAGGUAAAGGGAUCAGCGACGAUGGGAUCGUCGCGGCCAUUACCCGUAUGACUGCAGAGUCCAUCGUGCGCGCCUACGAGAACUUUGUGAUACCAGUUGUAGGGCACAUUGAUGAGGUGUAUAUUUGUGGCGGGGGAGCUUUCAAUCCGAAUAUCAUGCGCCACUUGUCUGCGCGACUCCCAGGGACCAAAGUUGGAAUUCUGGAUAGCACAACUAUUGGCAUAAGUGCCGCAGCUAAGGAGGCUGUUUUAUUUGCGGUGCUGGGAUUUCUGGGCAUGUGUGGGCGCAAGGUGGCUGUUGCUGAUAUGAGCGAGACCAGGCGGGAAGUCGUUCUGGGUUGUGUAACCCCGGGAGAUAAUUACAGGAGCUUGUUGCAGAAGGUAGCCCGUGAUGAGGAAUUUAUGGGGGCGGGUACUCUGGGGAGAAUCUUUAUGAGAUAA